AACAAAUAAGGUAGACAAGAAGCAAAUCAUACAACUGAUUAACUAAAAAAUGGUCAACUUAGCGGGCUCUAAUAUCAACCAAAGCUUAAACACCCUCGAAAAUUUCGUCGGUAAGUUCAUAUUAUGGCGCGGACUGUUCCAGAAGCACCUGGACUAUGAUAAUGAUAGCGUAUCAGUGUACCUUGUAAAGAAAAAUCCGGAUUUAGUGAUAACCUCGCUGUUCCAAAGGUUCAACGGUGAGCGCAAGACCAAUUAUGAUAACGUCAAAAAGUUAUCAACAGUCGUCGAAAACGAUUGCUUCAACGCGUAUGUUAUCGGCAGAAACGUCAAAUCGCUUACUAAUUUAAAUCCUAAGCUAAAGCACACUCCGGUUCAUUACAACGACAUGGCGACUGUUUACAACGAAUAUGUGAAGAAAUUAAACGACUUUGUUAACGAAUCUACCAAUUCGAUAGUUUACGUUUCUAAGAGCAACGUUAAGCACACUGUGUCGAUAGACAAAUUGAUUGAACAAUUGAACGUACUGAUCCAAGCCGACGAGUGCAAUACCUACGGCAGGGAAAUAUUAACGCGGUACAAAACCGAUUUGACGAAAUUCCUACCCAGAGGCUUUUACGACAAUUCAAGUGUCUUGCCAAUUACCGUUUUGAAUGAUUAUGAUGCUGAUGAUGAUUCUUCGACUAAUAUCAGCUCUUUGCAAACCGUCUCGACGUACACACGCUCUUCAGCUUCGACGUAUUCUUCCUCUUCAGAGGUUUCGGUUGGUGACAAGGGUGUGAGCCAAUUUCCGCAAGAAUGUGAUAAGAGCGUCAAAAUCCAGAACGGAAAUUUGGAUCUAGAUUCUGUUGAAGGGAAUAUGAUGUAUAGUUACAGUUUCUGCAAUAAUGAUAACUUCAGACGGCUUCAAUUUGUCGGGGUUAAUGUGCGACUUUCGGGAGGAAGGGAGUCUGAUGAUGGCAGAGAUCCUUUGACUAUUGAGGAGUUGAAUGAAGAUGAUGGUGGAAGAUUGGAGGGUUAUGCGUUGGAAAAUGAAGAAGGAAAUUUGGAAUGUUUGAAGAUGGAGGGGAUUAAUGAUGAUAAGGUUGGUAAGAUUGAAAUUGGUGAAGAGAAAGGUGAAGAAGCUAAAGAAGAUAAUGAAGAGGUUUGUUCGGGUGAUGAUGAUGAUGAAGUUGUUAGAAAACGUAGGAAAAUUGAAGAUGCGAGUGAAUUGGUGCGCCAAAAUGCUAAUAUUGAUGAUUUGGAACUUGAAAAAGAAGAUGAAAUUGAAGUAAAAAGUGAAAAUUGUGAAUUGGUGCACCAAAAUGAAAAUUUUGAUGAUUUGGAACCUGAAAUUAAAGUUAAAGCUGAAAUUUGUGAAUUGGGGCACCAAAAUGAUAAUAUUGAUGAUUUGGAACCUAAAAAAGAACCUGAAAUUGAAGUAAAAGCUGAAAUUUGUGAAUUGGUGCAUCAAAAUGCAAAUUGUGAUGAUUUGGAACAAAAAAUUGAUGAAAAUUUGGAAACUGUAAAAAUAGAUGAAAAUUGUGAUUUAGAAAAAAUUGAGAAGUUAUACAAUUGAUUUAAAAAAAAAUUU